UCGUGUGGGGAGCCAUCUUAUACUCGACCCUCCUCUAGGUGGAAACGCCUAAGAGAGAGCGACCGAGGGGAGAUGUGCCUGCCUCCACUCACCAGCCCUUCUCCUCCAUUUCUUCUCUUGCGUUAAUUCAUUUUCUCUGAUAAGAUUGUGAAUUUCUCCAAUCCACAUAAGGAAUCAAAUCUUGAAAUAAGCUGUCUCUGCCACAAUUUUUCCCUACCUUCAAUUCAUUUGUUGCAUUUCUCAAUAACGUUUCAUGCACUGCUUGUAGCUAAGAAGCAAAAGCUCUCUCCUCUUCUCUUCCCUUCCCUUCUUGCUUUUUGAAUGCAAACCCAAAACACAAACCAACAAGAUUGAUCAGUCUCUUGUGAGCCUGACCCUUAAUUGUUCCUCAAAGAAAGAAGAGAUUUCUAAUAGUGGUAGUGCAACUUCAAGCAUUAUGGGAUCCAUCAGUCCAUCCCUACCUUCUUUUUCUUCUCUUAUUGGGGAUUAUUACAUGGGCUGUGUUGAUCUGAAAAACAAAGUUGAUAGCUUACAAUCAUCGUCCAAGGUGGAAGAGAUUCAGGGUUUUAGUGAAAGGUGUGAUAUGAGGGAUCGAAGGAAGGAGGGGUUUCCCCCACCAAUACCAUCGCUUGCACGCACUGGGAACUUAUCUUCUCAUAUGCCUUGGGUAUUGAGACGAUUCUAUACUGAUGAUGGAAGAUUGAUUCUCCGAGAAGAAAGAGUGAAGCAUCAUGAAUACUUCCAGGCUCACAGAUGCAAUGGCCGUCUUACCAUGCGACUUGUUUCCCUAGACAAUGAAGUUUUCGCUGAUAAGGAAGAAGAUGAGAAUGAUUUGGAGAAUAGUCAAGAAGAAGUAGCAAGUGAGCUCGACAACUGUCGCAUUGAAGAAGCAAUAAAUGAAGAAGAAGAAGAAGAAGAAGAGAAUGAGCUGAAGAACUGUGACAGUGAAGAAGAAAAAGAAGACAUUAUAGAUGAAUGCAAAGAAACACAAGUGGAUGAAUAUUGUAAUGAUGUUGUCGAUUAUUUUCAUAGUUUUAAUGGCAUUAUAGCAGUAAAGGAGAUUGUGUAUGAAGAUCAAAAAAUGCUUCUUGUGGAGACUAAGAAUAUUGGGCUUGGUGGAAAUUUGAGUGAAAUCAAGUGCUUGAAGAUUUACAAGAGUGUAAGAGCAGGCCCCAGUUUCAUAUUUAGGGUUGCAGUACCAGCAACGAGGCCUGUUCAUGGUUAGACAUGAAUAAAGCCAUAUUUAUGUAUAGAUUUAGCUUAUUCCUUCCAUGCUUAUUAAGUCCAGAUUGAAGAGAGUACGUAGGAAAUAAUCCAUGUUUUGUGUCUAUAUCUGUAGUAGUGAAUUCGCAUUUUGUUUUUUGUUUUUUUAAAUUUAUUAAUAUGUUUUUUGAAAUUGUAAAUUUAUAACUAAGCAGUGUAAAUUUAUAAAUUUUUUGUUA